AUCGACUCGACUCUCUUGGAGGACGAGACCAUUGCUCUGAUAACGAGUUUACAUAAUCUGCUGGAAACGUGUCGUUUCCAACAUUUCUGGGGAGAGUUGUCGGCAAAACCUGAUCUCAUUCGUGGCAUCAAUGGCUUCGAGAACUCUAUUAGAAAAUUCAUUUGUCAUGUCAUUCAAAUCACAUACCAGACCAUUGAGAAGUCGACUCUUCGGUUACUGUUAGGAGGUUUAGCUGACAAUCAAUUAAACCAAUGGAUG